CUUCCAUCGUGUCGGGAUUGGAACAUUACAGAGUAAGAAUCGGAACAAUUGAGUGUUUGGUAAUUGGACACUAGGAUCAAGGAAUCCCAUAUCGGUAACAAUUUCAAUGCAUUUGCGAAGUCACAUUGUAACUGUAAGUACUGUCUGAGAUCGUUGCGUCCGUUUCUUCGUUUAUAUCAGGCCCUAUUCUCCGAUGAGAUUAUUUUUUUUGUUGCGUGUAUGAGGUCUGUCGGGAGAUUAAAACAUAAGAGACAUGCAGGGAUUUGUGAGGCUACAUUUGCACUGAUGAACCGCUCUUGUUCUACUACGUUUUACUCGUUCGUUUAUGGAACCAUGGAGUGAAAUAUCGCUUUAGAAAGCGCGAGGAACAAGACGAAUUCUACUCCGAGACCUCUGGAUCUAAACCCGCCACACCGACUGUUUUAAAUCCCAGCCGGCGUGUUAACGACUUUUACAUCUCAGACGUGGGAUACCUUUUCUGUGUUGGCCAAGGCAGGGAACCUCACGAACCCCUGCCGCUACUCUCGCAGGGUAAAGAGCUAAUAAAAAGGCUUCGGGCACCUCUAACCGGGCGCAGUUUAGCAUUCGAAUACAGCCUGGCUGUAUAGGGAGGGAGCGAGAGGGGCAGAGUGCGUAGGAUAUUUUAUUUGUUUUUACUUGGUCGAGGGAGUGAAAUGGUAAAACUAGCUAGAAGGGGGAGAAAACGCAUUUAAAAUCGCCCACAUGCUCUGGAUCAAUCGCUGGAUUGGGGCACGGAAUACGAAGAAGUGGGAAGACACGAGUUUGAAAUCUUUGCGGGCUGGAAGAUGGCAGAGGGGUGCAGUUGGAAGUGGUGAGAGCCUAACUUCUGGCCACUUCGAAUUUAUUUGUAAACAACUUGCCCCUAUUCGUAGGACACAUGCAGGCCAAAAAACGAUAUUUAAUCCUGCUCUCUGCCGGUACAUGUCUAGUUCUACUGUUCUACUUUGGAGGUGUACAACUUCCAUCUUCGGGCAGGAACCGGCAUGACCGUAGCCACAAUGGAUAUCGCCCCGACCAGCCGUGGCCACACUUCUCGGACCCUUUACAACAAUUCCUACUCUGGGAUCAACCGGACACCGAGGAAUACAACAUUCACAUAUCGCCAAGGCAAAAGAGGGACGUUAACACAAGUGUGUACAAAGGCAAAAGAUGUCGCAUGGAUUCGUGCUUUGAUUUCUCAGCAUGCAAAAGGAACGAUUUCAAAGUGUAUGUCUACCCCCAGCAGAAAGGGGAGAAAAUCUCUGAAAGUUACCAGAAUAUUUUGUCAAUUGUUGAGGGAUCCAGGUUCUACACCACUGACCCGGGUCAAGCUUGUCUAUUCAUCCUGAGCUUGGACACCCUGGACCGGGACUCGCUGUCUCCGCAGUACGUGCACAAUCUCAAAACCAAGGUCCAGAACCUUCAUCUCUGGAACAACGGCAGAAACCACCUCAUAUUUAACUUGUACUCUGGGACAUGGCCGGACUACACGGAAGACCUAGGUUUCGACAUAGGCCAGGCCAUGUUGGCCAAGGCCAGCAUCAGUACCGAGAUCUUCAGGCCCAACUUUGACGUGUCCAUUCCGCUGUUCUCCAAGGAGCACCCUAGGACCGGAGGGGACAGGGGGUACCUAAAGUACAACUCCAUCCCACCUUUCAGGAAAUACAUGCUCGUGUUUAAGGGGAAGCGAUACCUUACAGGGAUAGGGUCAGACACGAGGAAUGCCUUAUAUCAUGUCCAUAACCAGGAGGACGUGGUGCUCCUCACCACCUGCAAGCACGGCAAGGAUUGGCAGAAACACAAGGACGCACGCUGUGAAAAGGACAACGCAGAAUAUGACAAAUACGACUACAGAGAGAUGCUACACAACUCCACUUUCUGCCUGGUGCCCCGGGGCAGACGCCUGGGAUCAUUUCGCUUCCUGGAGGCGCUGCAAGCAGCCUGUGUGCCUGUGAUGCUGAGUAACGGCUGGGAGCUGCCCUUCUCUGAGAUCAUCAACUGGAACACGGCGGCCGUCAUCGGGGACGAGAGGCUCCUGCUGCAGAUCCCAUCCACGGUGCGCUCCAUCCAUCAGGAUAAGAUCCUAGCUCUGAGGCAGCAGACCCAGUUCCUUUGGGAGGCCUACUUCUCCUCUGUGGAGAAGAUUGUGCUGACCACUCUGGAGAUCAUCCAGGACCGGGUGCUGCAGCAGGAGUCCAGGAGCACCUUGAUGUGGAACAGCCACCCCGGGGGGCUCUUCGCCCUGCCACAGUACUCUGCCCACCUGGGAGACUUCCCCUUCUACUACGCCACCCUAGGUAUAAAACCGUACCCCAAGUUCACAGCAGUCAUCCAUGCAGUCACCCCCCUGGUCUCCCAAUCCCAGCCCAUCCUCAAGCUGCUGGUGUCUGUUGCCAAAUCACAGUACUGUGCACAGAUCAUUGUGCUGUGGAACUGUGACAAGCCUCUCCCUGCUAAGCACCGCUGGCCUGCCACCUCCGUGCCCGUCAUUGUCAUCGAGGGAGAAAACAAGGUGAUGAGCAGUCGCUUCCUGCCCUACGAGACCAUUGUCACCGACGCUGUGCUCAGUCUGGAUGAGGAUACGGUGCUCUCGACCACAGAGGUGGACUUUGCCUUCACGGUGUGGCAGAGCUUUCCAGAGAGGUUGGUGGGCUACCCGGCCCGGAGCCACUUCUGGGACAGUAACAAGGAGCGCUGGGGCUACACUUCCAAGUGGACCAACGACUACUCCAUGGUGCUGACCGGAGCUGCCAUCUACCACAGAUAUUACCACUUCCUUUACACAAACUUCCUGCCUGCCAGCCUGAAGGGCAUGGUGGACCAGCUGGCCAACUGUGAGGACAUCCUCAUGAACUUCCUGGUGUCUGCCGUCACCAAGCUGCCGCCCAUCAAGGUCACCCAGAAGAAGCAGUACAAAGAGACCAUGAUGGGACAGUCGUCGCGGGCUUCGCGCUGGGCCGACCCGGACCACUUCGCCCAGCGGCAGACGUGCAUGAACAAGUUCGCCAGCUGGUUUGGCGGCAUGCCCCUGGUCCACUCCCAAAUGAGGCUGGACCCGGUGCUGUUCAAGGACCAGGUCUCCAUCCUGCGCAAGAAAUACAGGGACAUCGAGAGGCUCUGACAGGAUGUGCACCCCCUGCCAGAGAGGCCGGGGGAGGCGGUAGCCGAAGGAGGACCACGACAGUGGCAGUAGGACAGUCAGCCACCUGGAGCCCAAUCUAAGGCGGCGCUACAGCUCUGUCUUCCACUCAGCACAUUGCCAAUGACUACAGCAGCGCCAGGACUUGACGAGCGAAAUGGUGUCUGGAGAACUAUGCGUAUACACACACAGAAUAUACAGAUCUGUAGUACGUUCACAUAAACACACACAGACACUACUGACGAGACUCUUGGAUAGAAUAUUUUUUUUGUAUGAAUGCCACGAAGGAGCGAAUUACGACAGACUUUCCUGCGACUCUCUGCACAUGUGCAGGAUGGUAGAGGAAGUGAGGUGUCCAACAUGGCAACCCAACAUCAGAUCAGAUCAGAUCCGCCCCGGGCUGGUAACCUAGAGUCAAUGCAACCCCACCUUGACUCCUUCAUGACCUCCCUAUGUCUGCAUCAGGACCACUGAGACACUCACCACCAGCCCCUGCUCGGGACCCUAGAAAACCAUGUCCCUCCAUUACUUUCCUAACCAUACUUCCCUCCCAUAUGUACACUGGUUUGAAGCCUUGGGGUCUUAUCUUCCUAAGAACUGUCCCCUGAUUAAAUUAAAUUCAACAUUUUGGUAGUAAAGGUCGAAAAGUUGAGUCCAAGCUUUCCCCCCCUUAUAUUUUUGUUCUUCUUUUACUGGAAGGGUGGUUUAAAAGCGGUGGUAAAAAAAAAUCUAAUGGUGCCACUCAUAUUGCCAUGAGGCAGUCGCAAAACCCACAGGAACACCCACUCUAUGCUCAGUCUUUGAUUUUCUGAUAGUUAGAUUUUUAUUUCUGUCUGUUUCUCUGAUUUAUCACAACGAUAAGCCAGAAGCAUGUCACAUUUUAAAUGUACCCUUUCCCUUCAAAACUCUCAACUCUCAAAAGCAGUUUCACUUUUCUCCUCGUCUUUCCCCUCGGAAGCUCCGUACCCGUGUGUGUACAGAGGUUGAAUGUAGGCUCAUCCCCACCAUAAGCCCAAGCGGAGCACUUUCCCUCUGUCGGAAUGAGCAACAUGAACAUUCCUAGAUGAAAUGGAGCAGAACACUGCCUUUUCACCCAUUUUUUUUAUUUCCCCUUUAUUGUUUGAGCAAUCCCGUGGCAGGAGUGCAUGCUAAAUUUAGACCCUGCUUCAUUUCCACAGGGGUGUUACAGAUUUCAGUGACUCGUCUGUUGUGCCAUGUCCCCGAAAUUCACACUAGGGCUGCCUUUAUAAAAUUGCUUAUUGCACAUAUUUUUUCCGUAAAUCGAUAUCGAAAGCAGGAGAACAUGCUAUCUGGUCGAAAUGCCCUCUGUAAUAUUCGUUGUUCUUCCUAGAUGCCCUCAUCAUAACGAUGUUGGUGAAAUACAAGCCUCAAAGCCAUUCGAUAGACAUAGGCAUUUCCUACACCAUUUGUCAGAGGACAUAUGUUUUGUGUUUAAUGAGAGAAAGAAGUUUCAUUUGAAGUGUUGGUUUCCCUGGGGAGCAGCCCAUGCUGAAACCGUCUGUCUCUAUAUUUCCCAUCAUGUCUGACUCUGCUCUGGAUGCGGUGACCCACAACCAUGGCCCUUUGGCUCUAGGCGUACAGUGAAAAGACAACCAGCUCCCCCUUCACCUAGCCUUGUCAUUGUAACGUUCUUCAUUACCCUCUUUGUUCAUAAUUUCUGUUGCUCCUAGUUUUCCUGUGAUGCUGUUGUGCUCACAAUAGACUCAUCCCAGCUCAACUACAUUUGGUCUGACACGUUGUUUUGUAUUGUGGUCCGAUAUGAAAAACCUCCAAACUUCCUUUUAAUUGAUCAAUUUCAAGGAAAUAGCUUUGAGAUGUGGAAGCUCGUGGCUUUAUAGUGAAAUCCUAUUGUGAACAGGCUUUAGUCUUUGUACCACACAAAGAGCCCUGCUAGUUCACUCGAACAGGUACUUGAAUGUCUGAAGACUUGAAGGAGCGUAAGUGUGCUUGAGUGGCCUUUUUUUAUUGUGAAGGUGACUGAAGGUGUCCAUUGAAAGUGCAUUUUUGUUCAGAACUAGGCUGCAUCUGGCUCCCGAGAAACCGGCCCAUAGUGUAUCAGCUGUGAGCCAAAGCUCAACUAUCCGUUUUUUUUUCGAUCCCCUUCGUCGUAUCUGCGUCAUUUCUUAUUGAGGGCGUUGUAGACUCUUUUUUUUACAUUUUGGUGCUGUUGUUUUCAUCUUCCAUAUCAGGAAACAAUCAAUGGAGGUCAGUGUCCACUAGGUGUAUACAUGGCCAAUGAGUUGAUAUUGUGUCAUUGGUGGGCCUGGCCCAUCUACCCGUGUCAUUUUCACAAUGUCAAAUGUGAUAUUAUCAGCAUAACACUUCAUACUACAGUACAGUUAGAUUUAGUACAGUUUCAAAGCUGGUAUAUUGUCAAUAUAUUGUUGUUUUUCAUUUCAUGUUUAUUUUCUUUCUGGCAAUGUACUCGGGAGAAGUUUUGGAAUGAACUUGUAUGACUUGAUAUUGGCCAAGAGAGAUUUACGUUGUAUUUUGAUGUUGACUUACAGCAAGCCUUGGAUCUCUUGGCACUAGACAUGCAUCUCAAUGAUUCUGAAAAACGUUGGCCUGCAUCUGGUCCCCUUUUUUGAAGUUCAGUCAAACAUCUUUGUAUCAAGCCUUUUUCUAUCUAGAAUUGUCUGAAUGAACUUGUUAUAUCUCAAGAGCGAAAGUCCCCAGCCUUGCACAUUGACUUCACGGGCGAAACCAGAGACAUUGACAUUUCUGUACAUAAACAUGUAUAUUUAUUUUCAUAUGUGAGAAAAACCAGACUGUGUAUAGUAUGAAAUGACAGGGGAAAAUAACAGGAUUUCAUGGCUGAAGGAAUAGUUGAUGAGCAAAAAAGAAAUCUGAUUUUGUAAGUUAUAUACAUUUCUUUAACCCUUGUGCUUUGCUGGGGGGAAAAAAUAAGUCCAUUGUGGUAUGGGUCAGAUUGACCCGCACAGUGUAAACACACUCGACAGUCAAAGAAUCAAGUAAAAACAGACUAAAUGUUUGUCUUGUCAGACCUUUCAUAAAGAAGAAAUACAAGAACAUUUGAUUUCAAAAACUCUACAUUGAACUAUUUGUUAAAUAUAUUUGUCACAAACCAGCAUUUUCUGUUUCCCCAAGAAGGCUUUUUUUUUUUUUUUUUGUAACACUUAGGUGUGAUUUGACCCUAUUGAAUUAUCCCACAUGUUGAACACAAUGCACGUGUGUGCUUUCUGCAGAUGUACAGUUGAAGUCGGAAGUUUACAUACACCUCAGCCAAAUACAUUUAAACUCAGUUUUAAACCAUUCCUGACAUUUAAUCCUCGUAAAAUUUCCCUAUCUUAGGUCAGUUAGGAUCACCAAAUUAUUUUAAGAAUGUGAAAAGUCAGAAUAAUAGUGCUCGCACACGCUUUUUCAGUUCUGCCCAAAAAUGUUCUAUGGGAUUGAGGUCAGGGCUUUGUGAUGCCCACUCCAAUACCUUGACUUUGUUGUCCUUUAGCCAUUUUGCCACAACUUUGGAAGUAUGCUUGGGGUCAUUGUCCAUUUGGAAGACCCAUUUGCGACCAAGCUUUAACUUCCUGACUGAUGUCUUGAGAUGUUACUUCAAUAUCUCCACAUCAUUUUCUCUCCUCGUGAUGCCAUCUAUUUUGUGAAGUGCAUGAGUCUCUCCUGCAGCAAAGCACCCCCACAACAUGAUGCUGCCACCCCCUUGCUUCAUGGUUGGGGUGUUUUUUUUCUAGCUUGCAAGCCUCCCCCUUUUCCUCCAAACAUAACGAGUCAUUAUGGCCAAACGGUUCUAUUUUUGUUUCAUCAGACCAGAGGACAUUUCUCCAAAAAGUACAAUCUUUGUCCCCAUGUGCAGUUCAAACCGUAGUUGGGCUUUUUUAUGGCAGUUUUGGAGCAGUAGCUUCUUCCUUGCUGAGCGGCCUUUCAGGUUAUGUGGAUAUAGAUACUUUUGUACCUGUUUCCUCCAGCAUCUUCACAAGGUCCUUUUGCUGUUGUUCUGGGAUUGAUUUUCACUUCUCGCACCAAAGUGCGUUAAUCUCUAGGAGACACGACGCGUCUCCUUCCUGAGCGGUAUGACGGCUGAGUAGUCCCAUGGUGUUUAUACUUUCAUAUUAUUAUUGUUUGUACAGAUGAACGUGGUACCUUCAGGCGUUUGGAAAUUGCUCCCAAGGAUGAACCAGACUUGUUUAGGUCUACAAUUUAUUUUCUGAGGUCUUGGCUGAUUUCUUUUGAUUUUCCCAUGAUGUCAAGCAAAGAGGCACUGAGUUGGAAGGUAGGCCUUGAAAUACAUCCACAGUUACACCUCCAAUUGACUCAAAUGAUGUCAAUUCGCCUAUCAGACGCUUCUAAAGCCAUGACAUAAUUUUAUGGAAUUUUCCAAGCUAUUUAAAGGCAGUCAACUUGGUGUAUGUAAACUUGAGCCUCUGGAAUUGUGAUACAGUGAAAUAAUCUGUCUGUAAAAAAUGGUUGGAAAAAUGGUGUCAUGCACAAAGUAGAUGUCCUAACCGACUUGCCAAAACUAUAGUUUGUUAACAAGAAAUUUGUGGAGUGGUUGAAAAACUAGUUUUAAUGACUCCAACCUAAGUGUGUGUAAACUUCCGACUUCAACUGGAUUUAUUGCAUUCUACACAAAUGGUGCUGGUUUUACUGUCUUUGCGGGGGUCCUGGAACAAUUUUGAGCUGACAGUCUACCUUGACUUCGCUGUUGUGACCAUUCUAAUAUAACCAUCUUUAGAUGUCCAUGUCCUCUCUUCUCUGGAUGAUGGCUGUUGCAUGAUGCUCUCUCUCUCGUCGGAUGGAGGGGAUGGUAUGGCAGACUCCACCUCCUGAAUCCUCUUCAUCAGAGAAAUAUUCACAAAUCUGGAUCAAUAGCAUUGUCCGGUCUCUGAAACCUCUUCUAUUUCACUGUCACAGUCCAAAGUUUGUGAUGAGGCAUCAAUGACUGAAAAUCUUUUGGAGCUCAUAUGUGUGACUGUCUGUGUCGGCGAUCUGCUGCUCUCGCACUGAGAAGGAGAAGCUUGGGGAGACUCCUUUCCACCCAAACAUAAUUCUAAAAGUGCAACCAGAACCAGUCAAAACAGAAUACAUAAAAGACACCUCAUUUAUUUUGGACCUGUGCAAAUAUCUAUACACAAUGAAAGCCUCUGGGUCAAAAUGACCCACAACAGCAUGUUUGUAUACAAAAUCUACACACAUUCGACAACAUAUCAGCGUGUUAGGUUCAUGACCCUAAAUGAGGAAAAGUAAUGUUCAUUGAGAAAGAGGUUAACUAGUAUUUUAGACAACACAAAUGUGGAAAUGGGUCAAAUUGACCUACAACAUAAUGGGAGGGUUAAUUGUUUUCACAUUGUUGCCAAUAUAUAUAUAUAUUUUGUUUCCGUGGAAUAAAACCAUCCCUUUUUGCUUUUAAAAUCUUAAUCUAUAGAGCAACUGCAACCAUUAUAGAAAUCCAUUUGUGUUACCAUGUCAGUUAAUUCAUAAUCACCAUGGAGACAAGAUGAUACCAAUCUAGAAUUGGAUUUGCUGUGAGCAUUUCGAUGGCAGCUGGGUCUCUUGAACAGAUCGAGGGUUUUCGGUUGUUGCUACAGUGUAUUUUAGAUUCACCAUGUUUUUUUUGUUGUCACUGUCCACAUCUGCAUACUCAUUGAUAGUUUUGGGGAAAACUGGCAAUUCUCUUGACUGUCAUAUCUGGUACAAAUGUAUAACAACUCUCAUUUUAAACAUGUCCUUCCAUAAAACCAUAGGAUACCAGACAUUAUAUGGUUUAUCAAUGCAUGGCAUCUGUAUCAGUGUGGUUGGAUGUGCAGGAUGGUUCUGUCUGUGAUUUGUAGUUUUUUUUUUUCAAUCAAAUUUUGGAUUUUGAGCUCAUGGUAACAAACUGCCAUUUGAACUGUCAGUCAGAAGAGGAGGGCCAUACAGGGCUCUCGUUCAACUGGACGUACACUGGAGAUUUAGCACCGCUUUCAUUCAUUCUUGACCACUCUUCUGUCGGAUAUUCAACUGUGGUGAUGGCCGACAACGCACCUGCAUGACCACUUCUAUGGAAUUAUUUAUCAGUACUUGGCUGUAUCAGACAGACAAGAUUUUUAGGUUUUUUUUAUGACUUAUUUUGCUCCCAGCUGUCCUGAUGCCUUCCUCCUGCCUACCUUGUAAUUAACAAAUGACUUUUAUAGAGGUAAAUGAAAUAGAAACAUGCCAAUUUUUGUAAGAAUGAUUUAUAAUUAAAAAGAAACUUUUGAUCAUUGA